AUGGCUCGGCGACCUCCAAACUAUGAGCUUUUGUCAGAAGAAAAGACAAAGGAAAUGUUGAAGCUCUUUAAAGGCGAAAGAACUGGAUUUGUUCUUGUGGGUCCGAAAAAAUACUUGCUUCCAUUUAGAUAUGUAGAACAAGGUGAAGGCUUCUAUAAUUUUAAAGCUAAAUCAGAUGACAUAUGGUUACUAUCACAUCCAAGAUCAGGAACGACUAUGGCGCAAGAGCUCAUAUGGCUGUUGGCAAACGAUUUGAACUUUGACGUAGCGAAAAAGCGUCUACUUACUGAAAGGUUUCCAUUUUUCGAAUUCAGUUUAUUUAAUCAUCCUGAAGUGACUCAAGAAUUUAUACUCUCUAACAAAGAUGACAAAGUAAAGCAACAAUUGUGUCGGGAAAUAGCUUUGCCCGGUUAUGAAGUUAUCGCUGAUAUGCCAUCACCUAGAUUUAUAAAAAGCCAUUUGCCUUUCAGCAUGUUGCCUGGACUUCUAGAUGUUGGUUGUAAGAUUAUUUAUAUAGCUCGUAAUCCGAAAGACGUGGUAACUUCUUGGUAUCACCUUAAUUGCUCAAUCAAGACACAAGGAUAUUUGGGUGAUUUUCCCACCUUUUUGGAAUAUUUUCUAAAUAAUUUAACGCCUUGGUCGCCAUACUGGGAACAUCUAAAAGAAGCCUGGGAUUUAAGGAAUUCCCAAAACCUUUUGUUCUUAUUUUAUGAAGAGGUAAUACACGAUUUUCCGAAAGCAAUCAAGAAAGUAGCAAAAUUUUUAGGUAAAACAUACACUGACGAAGAAAUUAACAAAGUGACAAACCAUCUCAAUAUCAAAAAUUUUCGAAAUAAUCCGAUGGUGAAUUUCUCUGAGAUGAAAGCUUGUGGAAUCAUUAAGGACAAUUCUUUUAUUAGAAAAGGAGGAAAUGGAAAUUGGCAAGACAUUUCCACUGCAGAAUUAGAUGCAAAGAUAGAGAAAUGGAUCGAAGAAAAUCUUAAAGAAACUGAUCUACGUUUCCCGUCUUUCAACAAUAACAACAACAAUUAA